AUGUCUAACAACAAGGAAGAAGCUAUCAAGCUCAAAGACGAGGGAAAUUCUUAUUUGAAGGAACAUCGUUAUGAUGAUGCUAUUAAAUCUUACACUAAAGCGAUUGAAUUAGAUCCAUCAAAUGCAGUUUUUUACUCCAAUAGAGCCCAGGUUCAUAUUAAGUUGGAAAACUAUGGAUUAGCCAUUGCUGACUGUAAUGAAGCUUUGAAAGUUGAUCCGAACAUGAUGAAAGCAUAUUACCGUAAAGGUAUCUCUUUAAUGGCUAUCUUGAAUUAUAAAGAGGCACAGAUCAACUUUAAAGAGAUUUUAAAAAAGAUGCCAAACGAUAGAUUGACAUUAGAAAACAAUAAACAAUGUACUAGCUACUUGAAGAAACAAGCUUUCGAAAAGGCUAUUGCUGGAGAUGUGAAGGAAUCGGUAAUUAAUAGUAUUAACUUCAAUGAUUUGAUAAUCGAAAAAACUUGGGAGGGUCCUGAAUUAUCUAUUAGUGCUAAGAGGGAAAGUAAAGAAUCUGAUAUUGAAGUUGAAAUAGAAGGAUUGGACUUGAAUUAUUUGAAAUAUAUGAUCAAACUUUUCAAAGACGGAGGUAAAUUACCAAAGAAGCACGUUCAUGCGAUCAUUGCUAAGGUGCGCCAAUUGUUCAAAAAUGAAAGCAGUAUGGUAGAAGUCUCUCAGGCACAUUCUAGACUUUCUCCUAGUGAAUCACCGGAUGAGAUUAUUUUAUCAAAAGCAAAGAAAUUUACAGUUGUUGGAGAUACACAUGGCCAAUUUUAUGAUGUUUUGAACCUCUUCAAGAAAUUUGGAUACGUUUCUGAAGAGCAUGCGUAUUUAUUCAAUGGUGACUUCGUUGAUAGAGGUUCAUGGUCUUGUGAAGUUGCAUUAUACUUGUACGUUUUGAAAAUUUUGUAUCCAACUUCAGUUUUCAUUAAUAGAGGUAAUCAUGAAACUAAUGAUAUGAAUAAAACAUAUGGUUUCACCGAUGAGUGUGAGCAUAAAUACUCUAAAAAGAUAUUCGAAGCAUUUUCCGAAUCCUUUGGUGCCUUACCUUUAGCCACUUUAAUCAAUCGCUCGUAUUUAUGUAUGCAUGGUGGUUUAUUUUCUGAUUCUAAAGUCAAAAUUGAAGACAUCAAAAAGAUUAACCGUUUCCCUACUUCAGGUUCAACUCAACCAGCAAGAGAUGGCAUUGGUAUGGAAUUAUUAUGGACUGAUCCACAACCAAUGAACGGUUGCUCGCCAUCUAAGAGAGGAAUUGGUAUGCAAUUUGGUCCCGAUAUAACUGAAAGGUUCUGUUUAACCAAUAAGAUUAGAAAGGUUUUGAGAUCCCAUGAGGUGAGAAUGGGUGGUGUUGAAGAAGAACACAACGGUAGAUUAAUUACGGUUUUUAGUGCACCAAACUAUUGCGAUUCUACUGGUAAUUUGGGUGGUGUUGUACACUUUACUGAGAAUGACAAAUAUGAUAAACAAAAGGAUGAUGGUGAAGGAUAUAGACUUUCUGAUGAUACCAACUGUCCAUGGAAUUUACAAAUUGAAACGUUUGAAGCCGUCCCACAUCCAGACUUGAAGCCAAUGGCUUAUUCUAAGAGUGGUUUUGGGUUCUAG